GGUUUCAUUUCAUCACAUUGUGGAUUUUUAAAGAUUUGCCACUAUUUGGAUGAGAUGCUUUUGAAUUUGAGCCUCAAUACUCUUCACUUUCCAAUGUUUUUGCAUAUAUAUUGAUUUUAUCCUCAUCCCCUCACCCCAUAUGCAUACACUCUCUUUAUUGUUCAUGAUUGUAUAUAUCUGGGUGUCAGAGUCUGAUGAUCAAUUAUUGUUGGGUAGAUCUCUUGCAAAAGGUGGAGAGUCUAAUGUAAUCAAAUGGGCUCUAUUUGUUUUGUUCUCUGGAAUCGAGGCUCGAGGUUUUAUAUUUGGUCCUCCAAUUGCACUUGCAAUAGGAGCAAAGUUUGUUCCAUUGAGGAAGCCAAAAAAGUUGCCUGGUGAAGUGAUAUCAGAAAAGUAUAUCUUGGAAUAUGGGUCAGAUUGCCUUGAAAUGCAUGUUGGAGCAGUUGAAUCUGGAGACCGAGCUCUGGUUGUUGAUGAUCUAGUUGCUACUGGUGGCACUCUUUGUGCUGCAAUGAACUUACUCGAGCGUGCUGGAGCUGAAGUUGUCGAGUGUGCCUGUGUGAUCGAAGUACCGGACUUGAAGGGUCGGGAGCGGUUGAGAUCACACGGGAAGCCAUUGUACGUGCUUGUUGAGUCGCAGUUUGAGCCGAAUUCACAAUGAUGACGACGAUUAUGUUAUCUUUUGUGCAUUAUGGAAAAAGUGUACAUUAGAGGGCUGUUUUUGGCCAUAACUCUCGUUCGUAUAUGUCCCAAGUGGUAAAUUUUGGUGAUAAAACAUGUGAGGCUCAGACCACUCGUUUAGGGUUCGAACUGGAUUUCUCACUUGAUUCUUUCUUUUUCAUCUGGAUGGAUUUAUACAUACCGAUGACUAUCCAAAAUGCUAUUUGCAAUGAAUUUGAUUUUUUAAUCUACUGUUAAAAA